UAAUUCAAAAUUAAAUAUAUAUCAAUAAACAAUAUGAAGUGAAAUAUUAUCUCAUGGGGCACUAUCUAUAGCAAACCUCAUAGAACCAUUCAUGUGUGUGACAUUAUCUGAAUUGUUUUGAACAAGGGACACUGUUACACAAACUGAAACAUUCAUCUCAAGAGCCUUCACUAAAAAGUGGCCUGAAUAGGUCUACAAUUGUUUCACUCAUCUUUGGUUGACUCUUUUCAUGACCAUAUUGGGCAUCAGUGUUUAAAAAUAUAAUUUUCUCUGUCACUUUGGUGCCAUUCUUGAACCAUCAUUAAUAUUUGCACAACAGCAAGUGCAUUUCUGGUCUGGAAAAAUGCCCCAAAAGUAAAAAAGGGUUUUUCCUACAGAUGCCUUUUCCCUCUCUUUAGGGAGUGUCAUUUGGAGAUCUUGCUCUUCUAGUUUUGUAGCCAUUUCAUCUCCUCGUGUGGUGAUCUGGCUUUCUAGUUUUCAAUCACGAGUCUCUGUGUUAUUUACGGCCACAUUAUCAAAUAAAGGAAACAGAUAAAGAUCUAGAUGAGCUACUGCAGAAAGUGAAACAAUGAGAAAGUAGAGCAGUGGAAGAGUUAUCCAGACCUGGAAAAUAUCCAAACCAAAAUUGAUACUUCUAUUGAAAAUAUGUUUUUCUGGGUGUGUACUAGAGGGGGAGGAAGGAAGCUCAAUAUUGUUUUUUGUUAAAACUCAACCAGCAUCCAUGAGCUCAUGAGCACACUCAGGAAGGUUAUGUGUUUAAAAAGCCUUCCAUCUCACAUGGCUAUUCACAAUAUUUCUUUUCUAACUAUUUGACAAACUAGCUAUUCAACUAUCCUGCUUGCUUACGAGACUCAGUUGUGAAUUUAAAAUUAAGUUUGAUGGUCAUGCAAAUUCUGGGAGUUUCCCGGGAGAAAUAACAAAACGGGAGGGUGCCGGAAAAUGACCUUGAAAUACGGGAGAAACCCGGGAAAAACGGGAGUGUUGGCAGGUAUGCACAUGCCUAUACAUUUUCAUGAGGGUUAUGUUUAAAAACCUUAACAUCUCAACAUCAUGGCUAUUCUUGUAAAACAUGACUAGGAGUUUCAGCAUUACUGGCUUCAGAGCAUGACAAAAGUCCAUUCAGCGUUAUGGAAUUCUGACAUUAUAUUGCCUUUGUGUCCAUCUGUAGGUAUUCCAUGAAACUGAUGUAUUGCUGGGGUGUGUAUUAAUGUCUUUUGAUUCGCUGCCAGUAAGUUGGAAGUUAUUCAGUGGGAGGAUUUUUUUUACUGUGGGUGUGACUUGGGUCAUAAUAAUAAGUCGCUGCAACAAUUCCAACAGCACACAUGAGCCCAGCUCCCUGACUGCCUGCUCUCUGUCCUCCAGCCCAGGUGCUCUCUGCCUGCAUACUGUAGAUAUGAGUUCUCUCUCUAGCGGCUCUCGGCGACCCUCGUCUGUGUCCGGUUUUUCGGUCACCUCAUUUAAGCCCACAGGCUGCAGUCAUGGGAAAGAUGCGGUGGUGUUCUGUGACACCUGCUCCAUGCCUCUGUGUGAGGAAUGCUUGACUAAUGUGGAACAUCGCAGCCACAAGUUUAAGACCAUGGAAGAAGUAUGCAAAGACAAACUAGAGAAGAUUGCUGUGCAACUUGAAGAUUGUAAAGGCAGGAGCCAGAGUCAAUUUCAGGAAUUGGUGGAAAGUCAAGUAAUACAGCUUGAAAGGGACUUCCAGCAGGUGCAAGACAGUUUUACCGAGCAAUACAGAGAACUUGACGACCUGCUGAAUCACACCAAAGAACACGCCGUCACACUGUUGGAGGCCCAGCGGCAAGGACAGAAAAAGCCCCUUUAUGUGCUGGCCGAGGAGGGGGACAGAUACAAGAUGCGGGCGGACAAGCUUCAGACGGACAUAGCAGAUUUGAGACAAAGGGUGUCGUCAGGAGCCGAUUCUAUGUGCAUUCUGGAAAUCCAGGCACAUCAAAUGAGUAUUGACCUUAUUGAUGAAUUCUACAAGAAGGUCACCCGAAUCAGCAAGUUUGACAAAUCAAGGUUGGAGGCCCUGGAGAAAUCCAUCCAGCAUAUCGUUGAAAAAAUCGUUGAAAUCUUCCCUCGACCAUGGGAAUUUUAUGAGGACAUCACCUUUAACCCUAAUCCUGACAAAGCAAACGAUAACCUGAUGAUAUCUGAUGACCAUACGCAAGUCCUCCUUAGUCCCCACCGCUCAUCACCUAGAGUCCCCUACCAGACUAGAGAAACCCCGUUCUAUGUCCUGGCCAAGCAGUCCUGGAAGAAGGGGCAACACUACUGGGAGGUGGACGUGGGGCACUGCCGCACCUGGGCAGUUGGAGUUGUGGAGCUGGCCAAUGGCAGCCGGCCGCCAUCACAGGCUGCGCUAAUGCGCCUGGGACGCAACAAGAGGUCGUGGAUGCUGGAGUCGGAGGACGGGGAGCUGACCGCGCUGCACAACGACAACCUGAGCAUGGUGAAGCAACCUGAACAGGAAGUGACACGCCUCGGGGUCUACCUGGACAUGACCAAGAACAACGGCCGGCUGAGCUUCUACGAUGUGAGCGGCGGCGCGGUCCUGCACACGUUCCGACUGCGCGUCAAGAAGAGCGUGUUCCCUGCCUUCAGUCUGACCAGAGUGGACGGUCAGCUCCAGAGUCUGGUGCUCUGCAAUCUGGGCCUCAAGCCUGAGAACGAGACUGAGAAUGAGACUGAGUCAGAGGACUCGGGGGUCGACACAAGCUCGAGGCGGAGCUCUGCCACGCUAGGUGCAGAUUCCUCUGACGUAUCGGGGUACUCUUCAGAUUACCAAAGUCCGAGGAGCUCCUUGACCACCUCCCUGUAAUCUAGAUCUGGAUCCAUAGACUGAAUGUGGUAGGCUGCUUACAUAUUUCAUAUUCAGGCUGGAGUUUGAAGCACACAAUGAAUAUUGCUUAUCAAUGUUUGACUUCUCACAAAGCACUUAUUUCUUGCACAAGUUAAGGUUGUUUUGGAUAAACAUUUAACGAUGGUGAAAGGCCAUUUAUAUUUAUUUGUGUUUGCAUUUCUUAUCCUAUUCUUAUAUUUUUUUUUUUUUUAUCUAUGUGGUUCAUGUCUUCAAAAAAUACAGGCUAUUCAAAUGCUGUUUACUUCUUCUUGCACUAUUGCAAAAUGCACUUUGAUGUCCUUGGACCCUAUAACUUUGACUGGACAUAUAACGACAGGAGUCAAGAUUUUGUAAAACAUAUUGUUAUUUAAACAUAUUGUUAUGUAUGUAAUUGAAUGUGUAAUUCAAAAUAAAAUAUUUAUCA